ACCUCCCUCGGUGUAAGGCGCGGGGGAAAGACUACAUUACUCAGCAUCCCGCGCGGGGCCGAGCUUGAUCGCAACAGCAGUGAAUGGGCAAAGCCUUGCAAAUCCCAAGCAGGGUGCGAUCGGGAAUGGGAUUGGGAAACGUGCAUUUAUUUAUUUACUGCCUACCAUCUCUGUGUCAUGCAUUCGUAGGCAGCAGCUGGAUAGCUCAGUCUGUCGGUUAGGUUCCAAGCAGAUUUUUGUUCGCCUAAUCCGCAGAUUUUCUCUCCUUGCGUUUGAGAAGAUGGUUAUUCGUGUGUUCAUCGCCUCCUCUUCUGCCUCUGUUGCGAUCAAGAAACGACAACAAGAGGUGGUGGGUUUCUUAGAGUCCAACAAGAUUGAAUUUGAAGAGAUUGACAUAACAAUGUUGGAAGAUCAGAGAAGGUGGAUGUAUCAUAACAUCCCACAGGAGAAACAGCCUGCCAAAGGAAACCCACUUCCACCUCAGAUAUUCAACAAUGAUGCAUACUGCGGAGAUUAUGAUGCUUUCUUUGAAUCCAAGGAAAACAACACAGUCUCCACAUUUUUUGGUUUAAAACCAAAAUCAACAUCACGGGACUCUGAACCAUAGACCCGUGAAGACCCAUCCGUAACCUCAAACAUUUGCCUCGUGCGGAGCUGGCUCUAAGCUUGGCUGUUCAUUAUUGAAAAAUUCAUAGAUUCAGCACAAUAAAAGCCUCUCGUUAUGUCGCCAAACAUUGCUUUAUAUCCUGGUUUACCACAAUAGAUCAUUUUUGCUGGGAUGUACUGAAAGGAAAGUAAUAUUGGUCAUAGCAACUAAACUUGGAAUAAUCAAGUUUUUUGAUCACUGGGACGGUCCUUGUUUGCUGCUUGCCAUCUUGCCUUAUUGUAUCUUAGUUCACUUGAGCGGUAUUUUGCCUGUGUGCCACCUUUGCUGACAUUGGAAAUGCUACACUAAUUAAAGAGACAUUCUCUGGGUUAAUGUCAGUGGUGCAAUGCUAUGAUAUGAGGAAAUUUCCUAAGUGUACCACUUGUGUCCUGUGGGUGGGGAGUAACAGAUAGGUAGGUAAGAUUGGGCGGUCAUAACUUGAUUGAAGAGGUGUAGUAUUAAAAAAACACAAGCAGACUACUAUAUUUAUAGGCAGUAAGGUUUUGAGAAUUUGCCUGUAUGAUUUCCUUUUCCACACUAGAAAACAUGCAGAGAAUAUCGUGGAGUGAUGUCAGUUAAUAUCUGCUGCAAAGGUAUGAUACAAAAGCACAAGACUAGUACAAAGGUAUUACAAGGCUUAUUUGGAACUUUUCUCUUAAUUAAGAUAUUGAUUUUCCAGUCAUUUUCAAUCCUUGUCCUUAUUUUUUUAAAGGUUCCUAUCGUCUACAAUUAAUUGUGCUGUCAGAAUGUUGUUGAUUGCAGUACACAGAUGUUUAUUGCAGACAGGAAGGGUGGUACAUCUGGAGAUGCAAUUAUUUUUCACAAGCCAUGGUAAACCCAUAAGCUUGUUAGUUACAGGUUUUUUUUUUGCUUGCAUUAUUCAUGUAUGUUAAGAUCUGAAGUCACAAAUAUUAUCGACAUAAAGGGCAAGAAAGCACACUGAGGACGGAAUUCUCCAUUCUGGAGACUAAGCCCGGUGGUGGGUAAGAAAAUCGGCCUGAUUCCUGCUGGGCGGCAGGAUGGGUGAACACAAGCAAUCUUCCACUUUUCAGUUAAUUAAUUAUGCAUCAGUGAGGAGCCCGCAGAUAUGAGCUAUCAUACGCCAGGACAUAAGAGGGCACCUACUUUGCCUUUUGCUCAUUUCUAGAUAAGAACACUGUUGGCGAUACACCCAUGCUCGGGCCAAUGCUUGCCGUUGCAGUGGUCCAUGUUCACUGGCCUCUUGGCCCUCUUGCUGCUCAGGGCCUUGCUCCUCAGGGCCCUGUGCCAACCAGCAACAGGCCCUCCUUUUCCUCAUCUCAACCAAGGCAGAGUUGCCUGCAGCCUGCAUCAUUGCCGCCUCAGUGGAUGUGUGAAUGAAUUGAUAUGAUACCUUAAGUGAGCAUGUCCUUUACAGGUUCCCCCCAUCUCAAAACCAACAGGCAAGUGCUAAGCCCUUCACCUGGCUUCUGUCUAGACAUGGCAUCCCCACCCCACUCUUUCCAGGCUAAGGACAUCCUGGAGGACCAGAGAUGGUUGUUCUCCAGUUCAUACAUGAAUACAUAUGGAGACAUUGCCCUUUGACUAGGGUGAUGAAAGCUAUGAGCAAGAAACCUCAUGCAGUCAUUUUUCUGCUUGUCUCCACUAACCUCGAAACUCUGUGGAGAGAUUGUUGCCUUGGCAGAAUAGAAAAUCCCAACUGCAUGAUCUCUUGUCAGGCAUGACCAUUCACCUGGGAGGAUGGAAGCUUGGAAUUGGCUGCCCUACACCAGCCAUACCGCUUGGAGGCAUCCACCUCCCUCCCUCCCUUCGUCCCUGCCUCUGACUGCAGCCAAUGGCAAAUGGCACAGAAUGAACAGCAGCUCCAUAGCUUGCUGGGGUCUCGAUGUUAUGAAACCCAUGAGUUGGAAACAAACCUGCUGCAAUGUGGCAUCACCAUAAAGAGGAGAACAUCCAGUUACCUCAUAACUAUUAGGGGGUCCCUUUAGUUGGCCACUUGUACUGGCCGUGAACUCCACCCACCCGAUAAGACCCUUCCCCCACCUCAAGGGUUCUCACUGACUGACGAAUUGUGUGGUCAAGGUCAAUUUGGAAAAAUGUGGCAUGUCACCUUUCAAAUUCUUUCUACCACCUUCUACCCUCUCCCUGACACCCAUCACCAUAGACCUACUUAACAUCACCAUUCCUCUCCUCUCUGUCACCCUUGAACCUCCCCCCAUUACUCUGGACACCAUCAUGAUCCACCUCCACGUGCCUUUCCUCCCCUCAGAGCCAACACCCAUUACUGUCCCCACACCCACCCUGACCCUGCCCCUUCCAGUUACCCGAGCCACCUGUCUUCUCCCUCUCUGUGACCCAUCCGAUGAGACCUUCCUCUACCAGACUCUCAUCCUGGGCCUGUCACCCUACUGCAUCCCAGUCACCCCUCUGACUGUGACUUUUCCCUCCAAUCACCAAUAGCCUGAGUUGUCCUCCAGGAUCCCACCUUUAACACCACCAACCCUGGCCUCUAAGACUCUUCCCCCCAACUUUCCCCUGUAAGCUUGCCUUCCCUGACCGGCUUUCGCUCCACCCUUCUGCCCUAACCCCCACGCUUGGCGCAGCAUUUGCUAACGGUACUCAAAUGAAGUAAUGCGACAUCCCCAAGAAGGCGAAAGUAACAUCUACUGACCUCAACAUCUUGGAAGCGGUGAAGCUCACCAGGUGCAUGCCACUUAUAAACAGUCAUAAAACUGAACAUUCAAAAUUCUCGCUGGUGGGGAGCUUAAUUUGGAGGGCACACUUAAUCCUGGUGAUUUUUUUUAAUAGACCUCCUCAUUAGUAAACUCUCUACUCUCCUUGAAACAUUUUCACAGAAACAUAUGGCUUGGACCAUUCAAGACAACUCCAGUCAUGUGUUUAGGAGAAAUAAGUUGAUAACAGCACAAUGACUAUGUUUACAAUGAACAAAAUCAAGAGUUGGCUAGAAUUAUUCUAUUCUGUCACAAUGCCCAUAUUCUGAGCACAUAGGCAAUAAUACCACCUGUUUGAGCCUCAAAUGCGAAAUGUGUUCAUCUAGUGCACUCAAGGUAAACACUGCUCAUCGUAAAAUUUGAAUAAUCUAUGCCUUCCAUUAGUUAACUUGUCAACAUGUAACAAAUCCUAUAUUUGUUAGCAGAGUGUAGUGGCUUAGUAAGCACAGCUAAGCUUGUUUGCUGUUAAACCUUUUCACGCUGGCCCAGGAAAGAAUUGGCCAGAGUUUUAUUCAUUCACAGGAUGUGGGCAUCACUGGCAUUUAUUGCCCUUGAGAGGGUGGUGGUGAGCUGAGUAGCUUGCGAGGCCAUUUAAAUGGGUUUGUAGUCACAUGUUGGCCAGACCAGGUAAGGACAGUAGAUUUCCUGGGGUUUUUACAACAAUGGUUUCAUGGUCAUCAUUAGACUUUUAAUUCCAGAUUUUUAUUGAAUGCCAUGGCAGGAUUUUGAACCCAGUUUCCCCAGAGCAUUACGCUGGGUGUCUGGAUUACUAAUCCAAUGACAAAACCAUUACGCCACCACCUUCCCCCAGUGAAACAAUAACUGUAGAAGCACUUUUUAAAUUUAGGAACCCAUGAUGUAAUACAUUUGAUCUCAUCAAACUUUCAUUGUCACAUUGGCACUCUAUUAUUUGAUGAAAUGAGGCAUAAUUUUCUCUCCUGAUACACAAAAGAAAUUUGCUAAACAAUUUUUCAUUAAGAAUGUAUAAUUCCUGCACACCUAUUUUGAAGCCUAUUUGGAAUCCACUCCACCUCAUUAAUGUUAUCUGCAAUCUGCCUUUCUCUCCCACUUUUCUUGGCGUCAUUGAGCACGAGCCAGACUUACUACCAUAUGUUUCUAUACCUGUUGGUAGCCAAGCUAUCAUAAUCUAUCUUGCAUUGCAAGAAUGCGAUGCAGUUGAAGUUUUGAACGGAGAUUGCUUUUAUGCCCCAAUUUGAGUUGUAACAUGUUCCACAAUAAGAAAAUUUCCAUUGCAUCCUACAGCUGAAAACUAGUGUAAUUUAUUUGCAAAACCCUAAAGUCUGUUAGCUCUGGAUUUUUACAGGGGUUCUCCCAAUGUCCUGCGGUAGCUCUGAUGGGAGAUGAGCAGGUUCCCUGGAGUAGUGGGGUAAAUGGCUGAAAAUGGGUGUUUCACAGAUUUCUCGCCAAAGUUAUGGUGGGACACAGAUUGCACUCCUUUGGCAAUUUCGGGACCAUUGUGUGCACUGUGUCUCAAUGCACCACUGACUCUUAUCUCAGUAUGGGAUAGAUGGCACAUUAUUUCCUUGCGAAAACUGUUUUUGCAUUCUAGUACCAAGUGCAAACAAUGAUGCUUUGUAUGUAAUCUAACUAAAGUCUCAUUAAAUAUUAAUUUUAAAUUA